UGUGACUGGAUAUUAUACAGGUUAACGUCAUAGACGUUACCAUACGCCACGACCCCACAACUUUGACAGUAAAGAAGCAGAACGUACAAUCUUUCGGAGGGAUUUAUACUUUUGGCCAGAUUUAAUCAAUAGAAAUGGAAGUGCUUGAGAUCCCUAGCGAUGAAACUGCUUUAAGGCAAGAGGUUGAAACUUUCAUCGAUGAAAACGGAAAAAUUGAUAUGCAAGCCAUGAAGGACAAAGGAUACAUGGAGGACCAGAUAUAUGACAUAAUGAACGCAUAUUUCAUUGCAACCGCCAGGGUUUUAGCAGCUUACAGGAGAGAUAGAAAGGCACAGGACACUAUGCUGAAGAUGUUACAAGACAAAAUUCAACUUCAUGAAGAAAAAAUCAUUUGUGCUGAUAAAUACAUGUCAUAUUUAUGUGACGUAAAAUCUACCCAAAAAAUCAAUAAUAAUCUAUACACUAAAGUAGAAGAAAAUAUGUCAAAAUGCAGCGAUGAAAAGAAUGUCCAUGACGGAAAUAAGACUGACGAGGAGAAAAAUAUUCGUCACUCGCCAAGUGCUCCGGAUUUAUCACCUUCAAAGUAUUUUAACAGUUUCUCAGUCGAACCAAUUGUAAGGGAGACUAAAUCGUCCCACAACAUAUUCCAAGAAACUAUAGCAAACACCAGUCCAAAUGAAAAAGAGGAAAGCGUAGAAAUUGACCGGCGAAUACCAACUCCUUACCCCAGUGCCCGCAAUUAUGACCGCUUCAUUCAACCAAACAGAAACUCUUCUUAUAUAACUAAGCUAGUUACCAAACAAGACACAACACGACGAAGGAAACAAAUACAACAGUGUAGAACAACGGAUACACCCUGCAGUCAUAAAACUGGACAAUUGAAAAAAGUCAUUAAUCAGUAUGAAGAUAUUUUAGGGUUAUCAACUAAUUUGAAAACCGAUGAUUAUUCUGAUGAGAUCGAUUUUGUAAAUGAAAGUUCAGGAGAUACUCGGUCAAACGGUGGUGUUACUAUAGAGAGAGGUUGUACAGACAAUAGGUCAGAAGACAUUGAGACCAUCGAUGCGGAUACUCUAGAGAGUGGUCAUUUAGAUGACAGAUCAAAAGACACUUUGCCCAACAAUAAUAUUACUUUCGAAAGCGGUCUUGCCACGCCCGGGAUUACUAUAUCCAUUACAAGUGAUGCGUCAUCGUCAGUGAGUAGUUGUUUUCAGGAUCAUGUCAAAGUUGAUAUAGACGAGACAAUAGAAACGUCUACACAAACAUCAAACAACGAGGCUGAUUAUCGCACCAAUUUUCAGACUGUGUCGCAGUCACAUAUCGACCGUCAAAGUAACCAGUCACAAACAACCAUUGUGUUGAAAUCUUCUUGUUUGUCUAGCGCUGUGGACAGUUUAAAAUCUUCGUCCGUUUCUGUUCAGGGAACAAGUAUCAGCUCCAGGACUCACACUCGCAUCGAUUCUCAAACUCUGUUACAAUCAACUGUCAACUGUCAGAGAAGCCAAUCACAAAUAACCACUGUCGCACAAUCAACAGUCGACAGUCAAAGUACUAGUAACCAAUCACAAACAGCUUCUCAGUCGGGAUCUCCUUGUUUUUCUAACACGGUAACCAGAUUAAAGUCUUCUUCAAUGUCUUACCAAUCGACACCCUCCGUUUUUACAUCGGAUAAAUCGUUACAAAGAUCGUUUUCAUCAGAGAGCCAUAAGAUGAGUCAUUUUUCGAUAGAAUGUGUCCGUAUACACCAAUCUAUGCAAGAUGAUAAGAGCAACCAAUCAGAUAUAUCCAUAUAUUGCGCGAAUGAUGAAUUGCUAACCAAUAGCCAGGGUGACAUUUCUCAAACUUCGAACGUAGAAUCAAGUGCUUCAGAGAACAGUGAUGAGUCUUGAAAUUCAAUGGUACAGAUACAGAUGAGUCCAUAUUUGAUAAACUGAUAUUUUUAUUGUUAUUAUGUAAUAUUGUUAACUUAUGUUUUAAUAGAUAUCCUGAUACUAGAA